AUGAGUUUUUUGAAAAGGAAUAAAUCAAAAAUUAAUUUAGAUUCUGCUGGUCAGAAUUAUUAUGAAGAACCUCCUUCUCCAACUACUAAUUUAGUAUCAAAUGAUCCAUUUUAUGAUCCUUCUUCAAAAAAUAAUUCAAAAAUUAAUUCUAAUACUAAUAAUAAUACUACUACUACUACUAAUAAUAAUAAUAAUGAUAAUGAUAAUUAUUCACCAAGAUCUUCAAUUAUAUCAAUACCUAAUAUAGCGAAUAAUUUAAAUAAUCAUACUUCAUCAAUUGGUAAUAAUUUAAAAGAUAAUUAUAAAGGAUUUCAUAGACCAAAAAGUAUUGGAAAUAUUCCACCAUUAUUACAUCCAAUAAAACCAAAAUUUAAAAAGAAAAGUAGUUCAUUAUUUAAUAAAUUAAUUAAUUCAAAAAAAGAAGGUGGAUAUGAAGAAGAAUCUGAAGAAUAUACUACUUCACCAUUAAAUAACACGUCUAAUAACACGUCUACUAAUAAUAAUAAUAAUCAUAAUACAACUAACAACAAUAAUACUAAAUAUGUAUCAUCAUCAUCAGAUGGAUUAUCAUCACCUCCUCAAUCAAUUACAUCAUCAAGAGCAAAUUCUAUAACUUCAACAGAAGAUCAACCUAUGACUUCAUUAACAUCAUCAACAAAUUCUGAACAACGUAAAAGUAAUUCUUCAGCUUCAUCAUCAAAUCAAUCAAAACAUAAAUUUAGAUUACCUUCAUUAACUGAUUAUCAUCCUCAACAUGGUUCACAAAUACUGGCUCAACUGUUACAAAUGACUCAAGUAGAUCCAAGACAUCAUUCACAACCUUCUCCACAAUUACAACCAUCACAACCACAUCAUCAACAUAGUUCACAUUCUUUUUCUUCAUCAUUACCUACACGUUCACCUGAAAAUGUAAUGUCAAUUGAUUUAAAUUUAGAUGAAAUGCAAGAUAUUGUUAAAUCAAAUGAUUCAAUUGUUACAUUACCAAAACAAAAUUGGAAAGCUCCUGAUAGUUGGGAUGUAAAAACACCUAAAAUAGAAGAAGAAAUUGAAGAAAUAAAUAAAUUAGAACCUAUAGAAAAAACUUUGCCAUCACUUUAUGGAACUCGUCAAACUCAUGUUGUUAAUAAUACUAUAGAUCCAAGACCAAGUCAUAUUGUUAAAAUUUAUAAAGAAGAUAAUACUUUUACUACUAUAUUAUGUCCAUUAGAAGUUACAACUACAGAAUUAUUAAAUAUUGUUCAAAAGAAAUUUUUUUUAGAAUCUGCAUCAAAUUAUCAAUUAUCAGUUCAUGUGGGGAAUUGUGUUAAAGUUUUAGAAAGUUUUGAAAAACCUAUUAAAAUUCAAAUGGGGUUAUUAUUACUUAGUGGAUAUACUGAUGAUGAUAAUUUAAGAAUUAUUGGUAGAGGUGAUUUAUCAUUUGUUUGUAAAUUUGUUGUUGAAAAUAUUUAUUUAAGAAGUUUAACUCAUGAUGAAGAAACUAUUUUAUCAAAAAAUUAUGUGGAUGUUAAUAUAUCAGCAUUAAACUUAAAAAACAUUCCUAUUAUUUUCCAUCAACAUACUUAUGAAAUAGAAAAAUUAAAUGUUUCAGAAAAUCCAUCAAUUUAUAUACCAUUAGAUUUUAUUCAAUCAUGUACAAAUUUAACAAGUAUAAAUUUUUCAAGAAAUGGUUGCUCGAAAUUUCCAAUAAAUUUUUUAGAAUCCAAAAAUUUAACUCAUUUAAAUUUAGAAAUGAAUUUUAUGGAUGAUUUACCUUUAAGAAUUAAUAUGCUAGAAAAUUUGACUCACUUAAAAUUAAAUUCAAAUCAAUUGUCUCAAUUACCUACAACAUUUGCUGACUUGAAGAAUUUAGUUUCAUUAAAUUUAUCAUCAAAUUAUUUUAAUAAAUACCCAGAAGUUAUAAAUGAAUUAGAAAAAUUAAUUGAAUUAGACUUAUCUUAUAAUGAUUUAUCAUAUAUUCCAGAAUCAAUAACAAACUUAAAAAAUUUACAAAAAUUAAAUCUAUGUACAAACAAAUUUGGUAAAAAUAUACCAGACUUCUUUAGGGAUUUGAAGUCAUUGAAAAGAUUGGAUAUUAGAUAUAAUCAAAUUACAAAUGUUGAUAUACUAGGUGAAUUACCUAAUUUAGAAGUGCUAUAUGCUUCAAAAAAUUCAAUAUCUGCAUUUUGUGACAAGAUGCAAAAAUUGAGAUUAUUACAUUUUGAUAAAAAUCCAAUAACAGAAUUACAAUUUGUUUAUAAUUUACAAAUUCUUAAUAUUUUAGAUUUAUCAAAAGCUAAAAUUACUUCAAUGCCAUCGGAAUUUAUAUCAAAAAUCCCAAACAUUGAAAAAUUGGUUCUUGAUAAGAAUCAUUUAGUUACACUACCUAAUGAAAUUGGAAACUUAACUAAAUUAUCAUAUCUCUCAAUUUAUUCAAAUAAUUUACAAGCAUUACCAUCAAAUAUUGGAAAUCUUACAAACUUACAAUAUUUAGAUUUACAUUCUAAUAACAUUCAAUUACUUCCUGAUGAAAUCUGGAAUUUAAAUUCAUUAAUGUUAUUAAAUCUUGCCAGUAAUAAUCUAAGUUCAUUCCCAAAACCUCCAUUUGCUAUUGCUAAAAGAAUAUCAUCAUCAACUGAUCUUCGAGAAGUGCCAGCAUCUGGUUCAUUAGCUGAUAGUCUUUCAUCUUUAAUAAUAUCAGACAAUAGGUUAAAUGAUGAAUGUUUUGAAGCUAUUUCAUUUUUAGUUGCAUUAAAAACAUUGAAUGUAUCUUAUAAUGAUUUGAUUGAAAUACCCGAAGGAUCAAUUUCAAGAAUGCGAAGAUUAACUGAUUUAAUUUUAUCAGGUAAUGAUUUAACUACAAUACCUGCAGAUGAUUUGGAGCUGAUAAAGACAUUGAAAUUGAUAUACCUUAAUAAUAAUAAACUUGUUUCAUUACCUGCAGAAUUAAGUAAAUUAACAAACUUGCAACACCUUGAUGUUGGAUCAAAUCAAUUAAAAUAUAAUAUAUCAAAUUGGCCAUAUGAUUGGAGUUGGCAUUGGAAUAAAAACUUGAAAUAUUUAAAUUUUUCAGGAAACAAAAGAUUUGAAAUUAAACAAAGUCAUGUAAAAAAUCCAGAAACAGGUGAAGAUUUUGAUAGUUUAUUAGUGCUAGAUCAAUUAAAAGUUUUGGGUUUAAUUGAUGUUACUUUGACUACAACCUCAGUUCCAGAUCAAUCAGUCGAUAAAAGAAUUAGAACUACUGCAUCAGAAUUAGAAAAUGUUGGUUAUGGAGUUAGUGAUACAAUGGGUCAAAGAGUUUGUGUUUCAAAUAGAGAUUUAUUUAUACAAAAAUUCAGAGGAAAUGAAAAUGAAUUAUUAAUUUGUUCAUUUGAUGGUAAGCAUGGAGCACCAAAUCAAGGUCAUCGUAUUUCAUGUAUUGCCAAAAAUAUGAUUACAAAAAAUUUAACUGAUGAAUUGAAUAAAAUUAAUGAUAAUCCGGACCAGAUUCAUAUUGCUUUGAGAAGAGCAUUCUUGUUGUUUAAUAAAGAAAUUAAUGGAGUUUUAUUAUCUAAAAAAAGUCAUACUUUUACACCAUUACCACAAUAUUCAAAAGAUGUUUGUGAUUUAAAUCUUAUAGAUGAUUCAAGAGCUGGUUGUGCAUGUACAGUGAUAUAUAUAAGAGAUAAAAAGUUGUAUAGUGCAAAUAUUGGUGAUAUUGAAGCAUUACUUUGUCAAAAUAAUGGUAAUUUUAGAGUUCUUACAAAUGUUCAUAGACCAACAAACCGUUUAGAAUUUGAACGUAUUAGAGCUUCAGGUGGUUAUGUUUCAGGAAAUGGUGAUUUAGAUGGAGAUUUGGCUAUUUCAAGAGGUGCAGGAUUUUUUUCAUAUUUACCACAUACUCAUUCAGGACCUGAUGUUAAUGAAUUAACUUUAACUCCAGCAGAUGAUCUAAUUGUAAUUGCAACAAAAGUUUUAUGGGAUUAUAUAUCUUAUGAAUUAGCAGUUGAUAUUUUAAGACAAGAAAAAAAUGAUCCAAUGAUUGCUGCUCAAAAAUUAAGAGAUUUUGCCAUUUGUUAUGGAGCAACUGAUAAAAUCACUGUUAUUGUUGUAACAUUUGGAGGUAAAAAAGUAAAACUGAAUGCAUUAUAUAACAAUUUAGGACGUGAAGUUGAUUAUUUUAAGAAGAGAAGAGAUAGAGUGGGUGAUAGUUCAUUGAGAAGAUUAGAAAGUGAAAUUGAACCACCAAUCGGAGAAUUGGCUUUGGUAUUUACAGAUAUUAAAAAUUCAACUUUAUUAUGGGAUGCAUAUCCAGCACCAAUGAGAUCAGCAAUUAAAACUCAUAAUUCUAUUAUGAGACGUCAAUUAAGAAUUAUUGGUGGUUAUGAAGUUAAAACUGAAGGUGAUGCAUUUAUGGUUGCUUUUCCAUCUCCAACCUCUGCUUUAUUAUGGUGUUUUAAUGUUCAACAAAAUUUAUUAACAGCAGAUUGGCCAACUGAAAUUUUAGAAACUGAUCAAUGUUGUGAAGUUACUGAUGGUAAAGGUAAUGUGAUAUAUAGGGGAUUAUCAGUUAGAAUGGGAAUUCAUUGGGGAUCUCCAGUAUGUGAACCUGAUGUUGUUACUGGUAGAAUGGAUUAUUUUGGACCAAUGGUUAAUAGAGCUUCACGUAUUAGUGCAAUUGCAGAUGGUGGUCAAAUAGCUGUAAGUUCGGAUUUUCUUGAUGAAAUGAGAGCUUUAACUGCAAUUCAUGAUGAUAUAAAAAAUAAUGUUAAAACUAUAAGUGAUGCUUAUCAAGGUAAUGAAAAUGCUGGAAAAAUUAUUGAGAGAGAAUUAACAUCAAUUGAUGAUCAUGGGUCUAACUUCUACAAAAUUGGAGAAAGAAAAUUGAAAGGUUUAGAAACUCCUGAAUUGAUUACUUUGGUAUAUACAAGUAGAUUAAAAUUAAGGUUUGAAAUUUUCCAAAAGAGAUUAGAUGUUGAUGAAAGUCAUAGCACUAGAGUGAUUGGAACAAUACCAAUUGAAUGUAUUACAGCUAUUAAUAAUAUUUCAUUAAGAUUAGAAAAUCUAUUAUCAUUAAUUAAUGGUGGUACAUAUACAAAAGAAGGAUUAAAACAAAAUCAAAAAUUAGUUGAUGUUAAUGUUCAAGAUUUAUUAAAUUCAGUAACUAGAAUUGAGAAUUCUGUUGCAACCUUAUAUUUAAGACAAGUGGUAAACAAUAAUGGUGGUGCUGGUUUUAAUACUCAACCAUUAUCUCAAGUUUUAAAUGAAUUAACUGCAUUAUUGAAAAAUCAAAUUACUCCAACUUCUUAG